AUGGUGACAAAUUUAAAGAAAUCACUGGGAUUUUCACGAGCUGGCCUCGAGGUGAAAAUUGAAUCUUUCUUCUGGGAGAUAUACAUGCCCAAGGGCUUAAGUUCAGCACUUUUUGACGAGUCGCAAGUUACACUUGGUGGAUCCAUUAACGCAGUUCGAAACCUAUUACCAGAUAGCAAUCUUCUUCGAACUGCUUUCGGUGCAAUCGCCCUUCGAUCCAUGUCAAACGCGGCCGACACACCUCUAUGGAUGAGACAAGAAGGAAUAAGACUAUACUCGGCGGCUUUGGAACAGAUGAGCAAAGAAUUGGCAUCGUCCUCUAGGAAGCAUAAUGCCCUGGCUAUCCUUGGUGCAGCACGAAUAUUCACCUUCUACGAGGCUCUAUUCGGAUAUGACUUGAAGUGCCACGCCACACAGCAACUGAGCUGGCUCACUCACCAAGCGGGCGAUUUAGCUAUCGUUCUAUCUAAAGAUCCAUCCUUUUAUGCCACCGGUCCUGCACAUCGCCUUUUCGUUGAUGGGAGGAUGCAAUAUGCCUUGUAUGCCAUCAAGACACGGCAGAAGUGUGUUCUAGCAAACUCAGCCUGGAUGUGCGAUCCUUGGACUCAUCACAAGAAAACUCCGAAGGAUCUUCUUGUUGACAUUCUCUUUGAGUUCGGUUCUAUCUAUGCAGAGAUUGAUAGCCGGAUAUUGUCUGCGAAUCUCGAAACCAAAGCGAAGUCACAGGCUUAUCUCGAAAUUUGCAUGAAGAUGGUCAUUAAAAAUCUGUCUCUGUGGAAUGAAAGGUUCAGAGAUGAUGUAUGUAUUUUCGAGAAAGACUGGGAGUCACCUAAAAAUCUUCCAGUGAAGGAGAUCACAGCUGCUCACGUCAUGACAUUAUACUGGGCGAUAUGCAUACUCGCUCAUGAUGCCAACCGGACCAUCUUUGGAGGAGGACCGACAGGGCUCGAAAUUCAUCCAAGGGAUUGCUGCCAGGGGAUUAUCCGCUGUAUACCAAAAUUCCUACAUUCAUCCACAGGAACAUUCCGCCAGCACCUCAUACCUUUCCCAUUGAUGACCGCAAUGAGCUAUCUGAUCGCAACGGAAACAGACGGGCUGGCCGAAGAGACCAAGUACGUCCUGUCCAUCUCUCAAGCGCCGGAGCUUGCUUCUGUCUUCCACUUUAUGGCAAGUUUGAAAGGCUCCUCCUAUAUUGAGAUGCUUCAAGCCCGAGUCAACGAUCCGGCUAUUUCCUAG